AUGGCAUACAAUCUACAGAAUAGAAUUCGUUUUAUAAUUGGUUUAGCAGGGUUUGCGAUAUUCUGUUCAGGUAUCUUAUUAUUUGCAUCGAGUUAUUUGGUAGAAGACCUGUUGAAAGAUACCAUCAUUGAUGCAGAUUUUGGAAGAAAUCAUUGCGAAUACUGGGCAGCAUUGCCGGUAAGAUGAGGAUCUCUAUCAGUUCUUACACUGUCUCGUACUGCAUUUGCAUGAUUUCUCUGGUAUAAGCGCAGAUGAAACGACGAUGAGAGUGCAAGGAGAGUGGCAGUCACGCGAUCUUUGUUGGCUGUUCUUAAUGCUUUCCCAGCAAUAUCGUAUUCAAGUUAAAACAUUCUUAGAACACUAUCAAACCUUUAUUUUGUUCGUCUUGCCAUCUCCCAUUCUCCUUUCACCGGGCCUCAACUGUGAAGGCCCAUACGGACGGACAAGUUUCCCUUGACAAGUUUUAUUUGCUCGUGUGCGACGGCAAAAAAUUGACAAUUUUUCCUUGCCGCAAGGAGCCAUGUUCCAAAGAUAGUCAUGCCAGCUGUUGGACAAGGGAAAUUUGUUUAUGUGUGUACGGCCGCCAAGGAAAACGUCUAUAUAUGGUUUUGUCAAACAAAACGCGGUCUUGGCGUGAGAUAGAUCGGUUUAACAACAUUCCGUGCACACGACCAAUAAAACUUGUCAAGGGAAACUUGUCAAGGAAAACUCGCCUAUAUAUGGGGACUUAGAAUUCGAAGUUGAUUAGAGCGCUCUAACUAUUGAGCUAUCCAUCUUUUUCAAUGAUGCAACUGCCACAAUGACCUGAAAAUAUAAGCUGAACUUCAACUCCGUUUCGAGCAAAUUAAAGGCUCCUCGUCAACCACAACCAAAAGCCUUUCGUUCGAAUCGUCGACGUUCUUCUUGUAUUUUUGAGGUAGUUGCAUUCCUGUCAAUCCGAAAAUUUCAUGGAAGGGCCGAGUCAAAUAAAUUUUAGUGAAAGUAAUUGUCCUUUGGGUAGAGUUUUUUGGACAAAAUGUAACAUUUUUUUGCAUAUACGGUAGAUACGGUAGACAGCUAGUAGCGAUGUAGAAAGAAAUCUUUGUGAAGUCCCACUGUGCGUUACUGUAGGUACACCGGUAAUUACAAAUUUGGUUGACAAUACAUGUUAUUGAAAUAAACAUACCCGGGAGCUCUUUGAAGUCUGCAUGAUGCAAUCUUAGUGGUAUUGAAUGUAACAAUAUUGCAACACUGAUGUUAUGUCAGUGUUAUGCUAGUCUAUGUAUAUCAAAUGUCUAUAACAGCUUGCCAUCGUCCAGUCACGUUGUGAUUUUUAGAUAAACAUCCAAUCUCGUGCCCAGAGUUCACCUGUUCGCAGGCUACACUAUAGACAUUAGAAUGUCAGGGUUUGUAAUCCAAGUGAGUAUAUAUACAUUUUAAGACCUAACCAGGAACGACUGCGAAAAAUGCAGCACAAGGUCCUCUGGGUUUUAUGUUGGUGAGGAAUGGCGAAAUUUACACAGUACUUAUAGCAGAUGGGGCAUUGAUAUAUCAAUGAGAUGGGGGAGGGGUGGGGGAGCGUGGCAGUAUUGCACAAUUAUCCAUCGUGAUCCCUGCUGCGCAUGAUAUGCAACAUAACUGUAAUUCUUUUUCCCCUUAUUUUCACACAUAGACCAUUCUUACUGGAGCUAUUCUCGUUCUCUCGGUAGACAGACAUUUCAAACAAUAUCGCAAACAUUUGGUAAGUCUCUUUCACAUUCCGAAGGCUCUUUGGAAGUUAUUACCUCAGUACUAUUUACAACAUGAGCGGACGUGUUGUAUCGGAUAAAACGACUCAUCUUAUGAGUUCAUUGGCGAAGUAAUUUUAAAAAUAAAGGUAACGUGUCUAAGCCGAGAAAAUCAAAGUUAAAGAUUUAAUACGUAAAUCAACAUGAAUCUGUAUCACAUAUACAGAUACGACAUGCUUAUGAUUUUUCUUUGUGUUUUCUUCAUGAAUUAUUGAGUUUUUUAAUUUUUUUUAAAAAAUGAAAAAUUUUACUUUGUCCGUUGUCCGAGAAAAAUUGAUAAAUGUCGGACCAAUUUUUGGCUUGGCCAGACAUUUGUCCUUCCAAGUAAAAACAAUUUAUGCAAGCCUGGACUUCAUUCCAUCUUUAUAAUAUAGAACUGCCUGAGGAUAUGCAGCACUCUAAUCGUCAUGGUUCUGGUUUUGGGUGUUGUGGUCGAGGAAUCCGCAGUUAACGCCACGUCGCACACGUUGGCCGGCACCUUUUGCAACAAAAUUGAUGAAACUAAUAACAAGCGAUUCAAGAAAUCAUGCGUGGCCAUAAGAAAGGCUGACAAGAUGUUUUAUGUCAUGCUGUUUUCUGCUGAUAUUAUUUUGAUUUUGUCCGUCAUUGUUCUGUUUGCUAUGUUCGCUGAUUGGAUACUUUUCGCUGCUUUGGUAAGGAACGGUGUAUCACCGAGCUCAAUAUCUAAGUGGAUGAAUAUAAUGAGGGUGUUGAUGGCACGUGCACACACGCAAGAAUCUCACAUCUUGUAGCAAGUCUGCCAACAAGCCGUCAACAAGUUGUGUUCGCACUGCUAGUCUCAAGUUGUCAACAAGUUUAGAACAAGCUGUUAACAACUUGUAACAACCUUGCUGAUAUUAUCAGACUUGUUGCAAGGUUGUACCAACAUGUCCGAUACAGUCAUGAUAUAACAAUAUUGUUACAACCUUGUGUCGUCAACCUUGCAACAAUAGGAACCUUAAGCAUGUACGACGGCAACGCGACGACGACAGCCAAAACAAACUUCUUCAAAUAAAUUAUUGCGAAGAAGAGUUGUUGUGUAUUAUCCACUACAUGUGUAUAUAAAUUGAGUUCAGUUUGAAGAAAUUAAAACAAAGGCUUUAUUGUUAAAAACGCUUCUGCUGAGCAAAUUUGUAGUUUCACUUGUCGCGUCUUGACAUGUUUGCGUUGUACACGAGACGUGAAAAUCUCUGGUUUGCCGUUGUAAAAAGCCCUAACACAACGUCUCUAACUCCCGUGGGGCUUUUAAUUUUCAUUUCUUUUGUACGAGCUCAGGAAUAUCAUUGUGUGAACAGUCGUCGCCGUCGUGUUGCAGUCCUGUUCGCUUAAGGUCCCUAUUCUUGUUAUAUCAUGACCGUAUCAGACUUGUCAGAACAACCUUGUAACAAGUCUGAUAAUAAUUGUUUUUGUUUGUGGAAACACCACGUAAAUUUAUUACUGCAAAGCUUUCGAUCCGUAAGCCCGGAUCUUCAUCAGUGCUAAUAAUAUGAUCCGGGCUUACGGAUCGAAAGCUUUGCAAUAAUAAAUUUGCGUGGUGUUUCCACAAACAAAAACAAUUAUAUUUUAUCGCCAUGCAAACAUUCAAAGAACUUAAGUCUGAUAAUGUAAUCACUAAUCAAGCGUGUUACAAGUUGUUAACAGCUUGUUUCAAACAUACACACAUACAAAUCUCAGAUCUUGUAGCAAGUCUGCCAACAAACCGACAACAAGAUGUAUUCGCACUGCUUGUCACAAGUUGUCAACAGAUUUGAAACAACUUGUUGACAACUUGUAACAACCUUGUUGAAAUUAUCAGACUUGUUACAAGGUGGUUCUGACAAGUCCGUUACAUACUUGACAUAACAAGAUUGUUACAACCUUGUGUUGACAACCUUGUAACAUCCUUGUUAUACGAUGACUGUAACAAACUUGUUAGCACAGUCUUGUAACAAGGCUGAUAAUGCCAUCAAGCUUGUUACAAGUUGUUAACAGCUUGUUUCAAACUUGUUACAACAAACUGGGAACAAGUAGUGCGAACACAACUUGUCGACAGCUUGUUUGCAGACUUGUAACAACUUGUUUGCAGACUUGUAACAAGCUGUGUGUUUUUACGCGUGUAUUACAACAACCGGGAACAAGUUGUGCGGAAAAAGUUGUCGACAGCUUGUGAACAGAUUUGUAACAACUUGUUUGCAGACCUGUAACAACUUGUGCGUUUUCACGUGUGCAGUGCAUGCUUAUGCUGCUUAGAGAUUUUUGGCAUCUUAUUCGAUGGAACUAAUAGUAGGUGAGUAAAUUUUCUCAUGUUUUGUUUCUUUGCAGAAAAUAUCUCAAAUCCAAGAACAUUCCGUGCAAAUGAGCGAGAGAUACGAAAGAUUUUCCACUUCUUCAGAACCUCAAAGAAAUGUACCAUUGUGGGAAUGUCGAAACGGAGAUGAAGCGGUAUUGCAACCAGUUUAA